GAAGAAACGCGAUGUCUGCUUUCCCUGGGAAAUUUAAAAAUUCUAAAAUAUUUAAGAAAAUCCGAAGCAAGUUAAAUCGGCGUGUUAAACCUUAUGUGAAAUUAAAAUAAGCCUAAUAAAGUUAUGUACAUCUGUGAACACGCAUAGCAUGACACCACUGGGCUAUGGCUUUUUUGUGAUCUAAUUUGCAUACAACGCAAAAAGUGAAUGUGGAAAAAUCAAUUUGUUGGCAAAAAAAAAUCCAUAGGAAAGGAAUAGCAAACUUUUUUGUAUACUUUUCAUGCAAACAAACCGUCAAGUAUUUCUCAUAAGCAUCAAAAAAAUCAAGUGUAAAGUGAAAAAAAUAUAUAGAAAAAUCGAUAAUUUCUUAUCAAUAUCAUAAAAAAUCGAGUGCAAGUGUAUUUUAAAAUUGAGAAAAAUGUAUUAAAACAAUUGCAUUCUUUGUAUUUUUCAAGCACACCAACACAAAUAAACUCAUACAUACACACACACAUUCACAACUGAGCAGCUGCAGAGCAGCUCCAAUUGGCAGAAUUCUUUUUGGCAUAUCGAGAAUAAAUUUACCAAAGAAAACAAAAUAUUAAAAUUAUAUAAAAUACCAAACAUUAAGAGAAAGAUAAAAGGCAAGCAAAAUAGGAAUAACUACAACAAACUGGUGGUGCAACAUUCAACAAUACAAUGACAUCGAGACUUGAUCGUUUAUUUAUUUUACUGGAAUCAGGCUCGUCUGCAGUGACACGACGAGCUGCAGCAAAACAAAUUGGUGAAAUUCAAAAAUUAUAUCCCCAUGAAUUGCACGCACUUUUGAAUCGUCUGAUUGGCUAUUUGCAUAGCACGUCGUGGGAUACACGUAUUGCAGCUGCACAAACAGUCGAAGCAAUACUAGCUAAUGUGCCGGAUUGGAGACCCGAAGGGAAUGCCAUAAAACGCGAAGUGAAAAAAGAAGAAAAUGCAGCCGGUGGUGAUGAGGAAAACAGUUGUCAGUCGAAUGCCUCAUCAACCACAACUCUAACAUCCGUGUCGGCAAAUAGCGAUUAUUAUAAGGAGCGUUAUUUAACGUUUAGUGAGUUUAAUUUAGAACAAGUUUUGAAAAAAGGCGCUCGCCUCAUUGGUUCAGAAGGCAAUGAGUUCGAUUGUAUUGAAGAUGCUGCUGGCGCAGAUCUGGGAAACGCAGAUAAUGCUGCGGAGCGUUUGAGUCGCCAACGAGCCUUGCUAAAUGAAAAGCUGGGCUUAACACAGGCUUCUAAAUUGGGUGUUAACUUGACCGACAUGAUAAGCGAUGAGGACAUGAUGCGUAGUGGUGGCAACUAUAAUGUCAAUGAGGAAAAAGUACCAGUCGAACAUAUACUCAAUAUUAAACCCAAUGUUAAUUUGAUACCAUCCAAUGGCCAACAAUUGAGCUGCAGAGAAAUGAAUCGUGCUAAGCGAAAGGCAAGACAGAAUGCAUCUACAAGCAGCACACCAUCAUCAGCGGUGGCAACAUCCAGCACUGGAAUUGGUAGCAGCUCUUCUGCGAAUGGAACAACAGAUGAGCCAGAAAAGAAAAGACAAAAGACUGGAGAAACACAUAGACAAGAAAUUUUCUACAGUUUAAGUGAUCCGGUACCUGAUGCUACUGGAAUGUGGAUUGAUGCGAUACACUGGCCAUUGGAAAAUUUCUGUGCCCGUCUCUAUGUAGACCUCUUUAAUGCAAAGUGGGAAGUACGCCAUGGAGCCGCUACUGCUCUGCGCGAACUUAUUAAUCAGCAAGCUGGGGGAGCUGGAAAAAGUUUAAACAUGACACUAGAGGAGAUGCAACAUUAUCACAAUUUGUGGUUGGAAGAUGCAGCUUUACGUUUGCUUUGUGUCUUGUGUUUAGAUCGUUUCGGAGACUUUGUUUCCGAUCAAGUUGUGGCCCCCGUUCGAGAAACUUGUGCCCAGGUCUUGGGUACAAUUGUUAAAGAAAUGGAUGCCAAUAAAGUCCAUGAAAUUGUCUUCAUUCUACGCACUCUACUCAAGCAAAGCGAGUGGGAAGUUCGUCAUGGUGGUUUGUUAGGUUUAAAAUAUGUAUUUGUGGUUCGUGAGGAUUUGCUACAAAUUUAUUUGCCACAAUCUAUAUCCGACAUUCUAAUGGGACUUUUCGAUACGGUAGAUGAUGUUGGGGCAGUUGCAGCUUCAACGCUAAUACCAGUGGCGUCAUGGUUGCCCAAACUUUUGAAUCCAACACAAGUUUCUUCGAUUGUUAAAAUGCUGUGGGAUUUAUUGCUCGAUCAGGACGAAUUGACUUCAGCUAGUAAUAAUUUUAUGGGACUGUUGGCUGCCAUAUUAUGUCUUCCAAAUGCCUCCAUGUGGAUACAAAUGGAGCCAAUGUCUACUCUGAUACCUCGCUUAUGGCCAUUCCUUUCACAUAGCACAAGUUCGGUGCGUAAAUCUACUUUAGUGACUUUAAAAACUCUCACCAGGAAUGCAUCUACUAUGGAAAAAAACGGAGCUGGGAAGUUAAGUGGUUAUGAAGGGAACACCAGUGCUACCGUCUCAUCGAAAUGUGGUGAAAAUUUUUGUUUUGAUUCUAAGAAUCUUAGUCUUAAUUUUGGAGUUAUAGACUGGCAAUGGAAGUUGUUACAAGAGGCCUUAAGGCAUGUUUUUCAGCGUAUUCUAGUCGAGCCUCAUGAAGAAAUUCAACAAAUGGCCAGAGAUGUCUGGUUAAAUCUAAUAGCAAAUGCUGAUUUGGGAGCCCUAUUACAUGCUGCGUGUCCCUUUGUAUCUUCAUGGAUUUGCUUAGCCAUGCAGCCGCCACGUUUGUCAUUCGAUCCCUCAAUUUUAAUACAAACAUCGAGCGGAACAGGAGAAACGAGCGACUCAGCCACUCAACGGAAACGUCACCAUAAACUAGCAGAUGAUUUAGGUGGUUCAAAUCCAACUGCUUCCCUAAAAUUGUAUUUAGGUGGCAGCGAAUCAACUCCCAUUGAAGUAAGAGAGCAAAAUUAUGUACGUGCUCGUGUAACGGCCUCCCGAGUAUUAGGCUCAUUGUCUCACUUUUUGGUUAAGCCCGCACCGGGUGUCAUCUACACAGCAGACACUGAAAGUCCGAUGGAUUGUUAUACCAAAGUUUUGCUGGGCCAUUUAAAUUCGAGAUCAGCAGUACAGCGUUUAGUUUGUGGCCUAAUUAUAGCAUUUUGGGCAAAGAGUGAUCCUACUGUCUGUCCCGGACCCUCCCAGCUGCAAGAAAAAUUGCGUUACUGUAUCAUGGAAUAUGUAUACUAUGACGAAGUAGCUGUUUCCUUAACAAGACUGCAUCAAGAGACUCACGAUUUUAUCGCCACUUUAAAACAAUAUAAAAUACCUAUAAAUGAUUUUGGCCAAGCCAAAGUUUUGACACUCGACCAAAUUGAAUCUGUAGCCACAACUCUUACUGCCGAUCUAAGAAAAUAUACGCUGAAGCCGAAAAUCCUUCAGAUGUUGGAGGAACGCCGAAAAGGCUUACAAAGUUCAUUUCAACAGACUUCAGCUGAACAGGCCGCAUUUAGUGUAAGCACCCAAGCAGCUCUGGCUGGGGCCAUAGUGUAUUUGAAAUGCCUUCCAGAGAAAUUGAAUCCUGUGGUCAAACCUCUAAUGGAAUCAAUUAAACGAGAGGAAAGCUUUUUGUUGCAAGAACUCUCCUGUGAGUUCUUAGUACAGUUUAUGGCGGAGGUUUGUGAUAGGACUCCUAGUCCAAAUGGCAAAUUACUAACUAAUCUAAGUACUCUACUCAAAAGUGAUACCGAAUUUACUCCAAAAAUAUUAAAUCCUAGUAUAUCGUUGAAGCAAUCACCAGUGCUUACUAGUGCAAGUGACAGCAACUCAUGUAUCUAUUAUGGUAUAUUAACUUUAAGUUUACAACAAAACACCCCAACAUCCACCAAUAGAUCGGUAUCGGUAACCGGUGGAUCCAGUGCUCCCAGUGGUACAACCACACCUAGCACUUCACGUGGCCCAGGAAGACCACCCUUAAGCGAAACAUUGGCUGUAACAGCUGUCAGUGAGAUCACCUCAAAAGUUUCCCUCACUGAAGUCGAAAUAAAAAAGUCUCGCAUACAACGUUUGGGCUCCACUAGCGCUGUUACAAAAUUAUGCCAACAUUUCGGGAACAGCUUACUGGAAAAAAUGCCCAUCAUAGAACAAUUAAUGCUUCAUAAAAUCGAACAAUUUGUGGGGGCUUUUCCUAAAAUGGAAGUUCUGGCCGAAAUAAUAAUAGAUGUUGGACAAACAAACGACUUGAUGACUUCGUUACAACUUUUUGAAAUUGCUGCUCCCCACUUCCAUAGCGAUUUGCACGAAAAACUCUUUCAACUAUUACAACCAUUGGGAAAACUCAUUGGCCAUCCCCUAAAAGCUGUUCGUCAUAUGGCUGCUAGAUGUCUGGCUUCUUUGGCCCUCAUAGACCCUUGUCGCGUUAUGGAUUUUGUGGUCAAUCACAUAAUGAUUUUAUUGCAAAAGAUUGAAAAUGUCAUAGAACGACAGGGAGCUAUUGAGACUAUAGAACGAGUUGUGGAAAAGCUACAAAUACGUAUUGUUCCCUAUAUUGUUCUGUUAGUUGUGCCACUUUUGGGAGCCAUGAGUGAUAAUGACGAGUGUGUGCGACUCCUUUCGACACACUGCUUUGCUACUCUUAUCCAAUUAAUGCCACUAGAUACAGCGGCUGCAGCCGGUAGUAAUGGCAUCAAACAUGAGAUAAAGUCGGCCGAUUUACAAGCUCGCAAAACUAGAGAUCGGGAAUUCUUGGACUACUUAUUUGCUCCCAAGACCAUACCUAAUUACAAAGUACCGGUACCGAUUUCAGUGGAAUUGCGCUCAUACCAACAGGCCGGCAUAAAUUGGCUGUGGUUUCUCAACAAGUACAAUUUACAUGGCAUUCUAUGCGAUGACAUGGGUCUGGGUAAAACUUUACAAACCAUAUGUAUACUAGCAGGCGAUCACUAUCAACGUGCAAAGAACAAUUGCAACGCUUUAGCAAGUUUGGUUAUAUGUCCACCAACGCUAACAGGCCACUGGGUCUAUGAAGUGGAGAAAUUUUUAAAAGAUCCAAACACUCUCAAACCUUUGCACUAUGUAGGUUUGCCCAGUUGCCGGGAGAGACUGCGCAGCUAUAUUGGCACCAAGCGAAACUUGGUCGUGGCUUCCUAUGACACUAUACGCAAGGACAUUGAUUUCUUCAAGACCAUUAACUGGAAUUAUUGUGUUUUGGAUGAAGGCCACAUCAUCAAGAAUGGCAAGACUAAAAGUUCUAAAGCCAUUAAAAUGCUGAAGGCAAAUCAUCGUUUAAUACUCUCUGGCACACCCAUACAAAAUAAUGUGCUCGAAUUGUGGUCUCUGUUUGAUUUCCUUAUGCCGGGCUUCUUAGGAACUGAGAAACAAUUUAUAGCUCGCUACUCCAGACCCAUAUUUGCAUCGCGUGAUGCUAAAAGUUCGGGCAAAGAACAAGAAGCCGGUGUAUUGGCCAUGGAAGCACUUCAUCGUCAAGUUUUACCCUUCCUACUGAGGCGUGUCAAGGAAGAUGUACUCACUGAUCUACCGCCAAAGAUUACUCAGGACUUGUUGUGCGAAUUGAGUCCAUUACAGGAGCGUUUAUACGAAGAUUUCAGUCGCACUCAUUUGAAUUCAGAAAUUAAGGAUUGUCUCGAAAAUGGCGGUGAAUUUAGUGCGAAAACUCACAUAUUCCAUGCGUUGCGUUACUUGCAAAAUGUAUGCAAUCAUCCAAAAUUGGUGCUGACGCCAAAGCAUCCAGAAUAUGCACGUAUCACUCAAGAAUUAAAUCAGCAACAGAGUUCCCUAAGUGAUAUCGAGCAUUCGGCAAAAUUGCCAGCAUUGAAACAACUUUUAUUGGAUUGUGGCAUUGGAGUACAAACCGAGUCGGUGUCUCAGCAUCGUGCUUUAAUAUUUUGUCAAUUAAAGGUCAUGUUGGAUAUAGUAGAAAAGGAUUUGCUUAAGAAACAUUUGCCAACUGUAACCUACUUGCGCCUAGAUGGCAGUGUACCGGCUUCAAUGCGACAAGAUAUUGUUAACAACUUUAACACCGAUCCAAGUAUUGAUGUACUAUUGCUAACAACACAGGUUGGUGGUUUGGGCUUAAAUCUUACAGGGGCCGAUACUGUCAUAUUUGUGGAGCAUGAUUGGAAUCCUAUGAAAGAUUUACAGGCCAUGGAUCGUGCUCAUCGCAUUGGUCAAAAGAAAGUGGUCAACGUUUAUCGUCUGAUCACGCGCAAAUCGAUGGAGGAGAAAAUUAUGUGCUUGCAAAAGUUCAAAUUGCUCACCGCCAAUACUGUAGUUAGCGCUGAGAAUGCCAGCUUGGAUACCAUGGCUACUGGCCAAAUAUUCGAUUUGUUUAACUUAAACGAACGCAACAAUAAGAAUGGCAACGAUAAAUCAAAUUCCAAUUCGUCCACUUCGGGUCAAAUGACAGUGAAUUCUAUUAUAGAAAAUCUUCCGGAAUUGUGGUCUGAACAGCAAUACGAUGAAGAAUAUGAUAUGUCCAAUUUUGUGCAAGCUUUAAAAAAGUAAUAUGCACUAGCUAGUUGACAUACAUACAUUAACAUAUUUUUCAAAUUUGUAGUUUAUCUUCUUUUUUAUACUCUUAAACAAACUGUUCGUUUUAAAAUGAAAACAUUAUUUACAUUUAAAUGUUUAUCAUUCUCUUUUUACUUGAGUUAUAUACUUUAGUAAUUUAUAUACAUACAUAAAUACAUUUUUUUUAGUAAACAGUCAAUAAAAAAUUUAUAACAUUACUACUAA